CAGCUGAUUAGAAAAAUUAUCAGUUAAAUAAAUAAACAAUAAAUUUUUAUUAUAUGGGAUACCUUAAAAAAUUAUAAGACUAUUUAGUGUGGGACAGCUAAGCAAAGAAAAUGGAUAUUCAUAAAAUUCUUAAAGAAUCAUGUAUUCAAAUUGGAUCUGGGGGAUCUGCAGGUUUUGUAGAAGUUUGUAUUAUGCAUCCUUUAGAUUUAGUUAAAACUCGACUGCAGCUACAAAAUGUUAAAGACAAAUACGAUUCACAAAAGUAUUACAAUGGUAUAGUUGAUUGUUUUAAAAAAAUGUACAGGCAUGAAGGAUUUGGCUCAUUUUGGAAAGGUAUCACACCACCAAUAAUGGCUGAAACCCCUAAAAGAGCUGUUAAAUUUUUUACCUUUGAACAGUAUAAAAAACUUUUAAUGUUUGGUUCCCCACAUCCCACACCCUUGACAUACUCCCUGGCUGGUCUGGGAGCUGGAGUGACAGAAGCAAUCCUGGUAAACCCUUUUGAAGUUGUUAAAGUAAAGCUACAAGCAAAUAGAGGAUCAGGAGUACAACCAAGCACAUGGGCUGUCACGAAAGGAAUUUUGAAAGCAGAAGGGUUUGCUGGUUUAAAUAAAGGUGUAACUGCUACCAUUGGCAGGAAUGGCGUAUUCAAUUGUGUUUAUUUUGGGUUCUACCAUUCUGUGAAGGAUGUUAUUCCUGCAUACAAGGAUCCAUUACCAGAAUUUUGUAGAAAAAUAUGCAUAGGAUUUGUCUCAGGAACUUUAGCAUCUUUAGUAAAUAUUCCAUUCGACGUUGUCAAGUCUCGAAUUCAGGGUCCUCAGCCCAUUGCUGGCCAAGUUAAAUAUAGGGGCACUAUACAAUCCUUAGCUUUGGUAUAUAAAGAAGAAGGUUUUAGGGCGUUAUAUAAGGGACUUUUGCCGAAAAUUCUUCGAUUAGGACCAGGUGGAGCCAUAAUGUUGGUUGUAAAUGACUAUAUGCAACAUUUCUUAGCGAAGAAGUUUGAAUAAAAUUAGUUUUAUAAAUACGUUCAAUGCGAGGGUAUGUCAAUAAGUCGUCACAAAACUAAAGAGAUGGCGCUAAACAAGCCCAGAGCUGGCCAAGUACUUGAGUACUUUUACUUGUAUUUCAAUUACGAAUAAACCCAUACAGCACAAAGUGUCCAUUGGACGUCAAAUGGACUUACAUUGGACGUUUGGAUGUACAAUGGUCGUCCGCUGGACGUCCAAUGUAUAUAUGUGCUGUCUGGGAAAAAGUACUUUUUUACUCAUAAGUAUUUUUCAUUUGAAAUUCAAUGUACUCGUAAAAAAUACUCGUGAAAUUCACGAGUAAAAUUUAAGAGUAUUUCCGUUUAUGAUUUUUGCCAAAAUAUCGCAUCGAAACAUUUUUGUUUUUAAGUUUGUUGAAAG